AUGGCACACCUUGCUGCAAAUCAUUUUGGCGGAGGACCUCCUCCAGGUUUGAGUUAUUGCUUUUCACAGCUCAUAGUUAUUGUGCAAAUGAUAAGCUUAGGGGAGGAUUAUUAUGCUGCUGCAAGUGCCAACUCCAAGGACGGCAACUCUAGCUUGCUAACUACUUUGUCGAUGCUCAGUGCUCCUCUUGAAGCAUCAACACAACAAGGAUUAGACCAGCAGCUUCCUUCGUUUGAUUUACCAGCUAAAAUUCUUUGCAAAGUGAUAAAUGUUCAUCUUCGGGCUGAACCAGAAACAGACGAGGUAUACGCACAGAUAACUCUGCUACCUGAACAGCAAACUGAGAUUACAAGCCCAGAUCCCCCUCUACCAGAACCUCAGCAAAGCACUAUCCACUCAUUCUGUAAGACUCUCACUGCUUCUGAUACAAGCACCCAUGGUGGGUUCUCUGUUUUACGGAGGCAUGCAGAUGAUUGUUUACCUCCAUUGGAUAUGUCUCAGCAGCCACCAUGGCAGGAAUUGGUCGCCACGGAUCUUCAUGGCCAUGAAUGGCAUUUCCGUCACAUUUUCAGAGGUCAACCAAGGCGCCACUUACUGACAACUGGAUGGAGUGUCUUUGUUAGUGCCAAAAAGUUAGUUGCAGGAGAUGCUUUUAUUUUCUUAAGAGGAGAAAAUGGGGAGCUUCGAGUUGGAGUGCGCAGGCUUAUGAGACAACUAAAUAAUAUGCCGUCUUCUGUUAUAUCAAGUGACAGCAUGCAUCUAGGGGUUCUUGCUACUGCAUCACAUGCUAUCUCUACUGGGACCUUCUUUUCAGUUUACUAUAAACCAAGGACAAGUCGAUCUGAAUUCAUUGUAAGUGUAAACAAGUAUCUUGAAGCUCGAAAUCACAAGCUCUCAGUUGGGAUGAGAUUUAAGAUGAGAUUUGAGGGUGAAGAGGUUCCAGAAAGAAGGUUCAGUGGGACAAUUGUUGGCUUUGAGGAUAAUGUUUCAUCUAGGUGGCCUGAUUCAGAAUGGAGAUCUUUGAAGGUUCAAUGGGAUGAACCUGCCUCAAUUUUGCGUCCAGAUAGAGUUUCACCAUGGGAGAUAGAACCACUUGUUGCAACAACUCCACCAAACUCCCAGCCUCCACAAAGGAGUAAACGGGCACGACCCCACAUUUUGCCUUCUUCAGCGCAAGAUCUUUCUUCACUUGGUAUGUGGAAAUCGCCAGUUGACUCCACUUCAGCAUUCUCCUAUUGUGAUCCAUCGCGUGGACAAGACGUCCAUCAAUCACCUAGAUUUAGUUCUGGUACAAGAGUCAGCAAUCUGAGUUACAAUGAGAUCAUGCAUCCAGUUUCUAGCAAUUCUAUGUAUCAGACUAAUCAAGUAGAAACUGCUGAAGAAUCAUUUACACCAGUUAGUGAAAAGAGACAGGCUAAUGGCUGCAGGCUUUUUGGGAUUGAGUUGCUUGACAGUUCAAUUGUUGAAGACACUGCACCAGCAGUCGUGCCUGGAGUUGUGGACAAGGAUUCUCAAAUUCCACUCCUAGGCGCUGAUUCUGAAAAACUUUCUGAGCCAUCACACCAUAAUCCAUCUGAUGUUCCUUCAGUAAGUUUUGAGCCUGAAAAAUCAUGCCUAAGAUCUCCCCACGAACCACAAAGCAGGCAAAUUCGAAGCUGCACCAAGGUUCAUAUGCAAGACAUUGCGGUUGGGAGGGCAGUUGAUCUAACCAAGUUUGAUGGCUAUGAUGAUCUACUCAAGAAAUUGGAAACAAUGUUUGAGAUUGAAGGGGAACUCCGUGGGUCGAGAAAGAAAUGGAAAGUUGUCUACACAGAUGACGAGGAUGACAUGAUGAUGGUUGGAGAUGAUCCAUGGCACGAAUUCUGCACCAUGGUGAGGAAGAUUUACAUCUAUACGACCGAGGAAGCGAAGAAGCUUUCACCCAAGAAAAAACCUCGCCUCCCUGAAGUGAAACCUGGCAAGCUGGUUCCUGAUGCCAUCAGCUCCGAAGAACAAUCCUCAACUAUGGGUUCCGACUACUGA